AAACCGGUAUGUAUAUACGCGCACAGCCGAAGUGCAGCGUGAAGGCUUUAAUUUUGCUAUGUUUAAAUACUGAAAAUAAAUUUAUUGUGGGUUAAUCUGGUCUUGUGACUGGAAAGCAACCUUCAUCAUCAAAACACCAUAAUAUGCGGAACCUGGCGUCUAACAUGGUGACCUAAAACAAAUCCAUUUACUAGGAUUUGAAUCCAUAUUUCAAGAAAUCUUGGUGCUCCAUUAACCAUUGAAGUUUACUGGAGGACUUUUGAUUUCUCUCCAAAAAUGAAAACUUUCAUCGCAGUUGCCUUUGGGGUGACGAUGCUGUUUAUUUUGUGCCUCAGUGUUGAUGCUAAAAAGAAGAAAUCAAAAUCUUCUGGUGCUCUGAAUAGAGACAACUGUGGCCGAACUUCGGUUCCUCUUGAUGAACUGUCGUACAGAAUAAUUGGAGGAUCUUUUGCUAAAGCUGGACAGUAUCCAUGGAUGGUUUCUUUACAAAAAAAAGUGGGAGAUACAUUUAUACAUAAAUGUGGAGGAUCUAUCUUAAAUAAGAAUUGGAUAGUCACUGCAGCUCACUGUGUCUUCAACAACACUGAUGAGAAGUUUCGAAUUCUAGCAGGAUUAUAUAAGUUAUCAGAUGAAAAUGCAUCUACAGUUAAAAAAUACGAGGUGUCACAGUUUGUUGUUCAUGAAGACUAUGACGAAUCAAUCAUAUAUCAUGAUAUCGCUCUGCUGAAAACUUCGACACCUAUUGACAUUGCUGGUUCCAAUGGCUAUAUAAAUGAAAUAUGCUUGCCUGGAAAAGAUAAAAGAGAUCCAACUGGUGAUGCAAUUGUUAUUGGCUGGGGUGACACAGAAGUCGAAGGUGAUCAUUCAGACACUCUGAAACAUGUCGAUGUACCUCUAGUUCGUCGCGAUGAAUGCAAGAAAAGAGUUAAGGGCCAAACUAAAAUUUACGAACAUGUAUUAUGUGCUGGUUCUGAAGGAAAAGACUCAUGUCAGAGUGAUUCUGGUGGACCUCUGAUGCAAAUAAAAAAUUCCAAAGCAGUUCUUAUAGGGAUUGUGUCCAAUGGAAUAAAAUGUGGAACUAAAGAAUAUCCUUCAAAGUAUACAAAAGUUGUAUCAUAUAGAGAAUGGAUAAAAUCCGUUAUAAAUAAGUCUGAUUACAAAAUGUUGGGUGCGCUGUUCGUCUUUUACAUAAUUCAACAGUUUGUAUUAUUAAAGGCUAAUUCUGAAGAUCAAGUUCCAGUAUUCGAUCGAAUUGUAGGCGGACAAAAAGCUGAAGAAAAUGAAUUUCCUUUUCAGGCUUCUCUUCAACGAAAGAGCAAAUUUGGUUAUUUUCACACUUGUGGAGCAGCUCUGAUAACAAACAAAUGGUUAUUAACAGCUGCACAUUGCAUAAAAAUAAAUUCAACAAGUUGGUACAAAAUAAUGAUAGGAAGCAGUAAAUUGAAACCAAUAGAUGCCGAAAACUUUUAUUCUAUUGAAAUGAUAGUUCUGAAACACGGUUUCGAUGAAUGUAACUUUAAUAACGACAUUGCUUUAAUUCAAUUAACGGAGCCAGUCAGAAGUUUAGUUCAACCCAUCAAGUUACCCGAUUCCAGUCCAGAUCUAAACAUUUCAGCCUCAGUUAUUGGAUGGGGAGCUACAGUUGAUGGAGGAAAGGCAUCAAAUGAUUUGCUGAAAGCUAAAGUGGCUCUUAUAUCGCACGAUGAUUGCCUCAAUUUUUAUCGCGAAGUAUCUGAAACUUCAAUGUGUGCAGGUUACGCAGAAGGAGGAAGGGAUGCUUGCCAAGGGGAUUCUGGAGGACCACUCAUUCAAACCAGGAACGGAGAAACUUUUCUCAUAGGAAUCGUGUCCUGGGGUAUCGGAUGUGCAGAACCCAAUCAACCUGGUGUAUAUACAGAUGUGUCUUUGUUUACUGCCUGGAUAAAACAUUAUGUACCAUUUAAAUAAUAUUUUCUUAAAGAGUUGUUAGAAAAGAAGUUCUCUCUAAAAAAACACACUUGAAAGUAUGAAUACAAAAAAUACUAACGUAUAUAUUUUUAAACUAUUGGAAAUAAUUGCAAAUAUUGCAAUAAUAAGAGUAAGUUAUUUAUUUUUUAUA